AUGUAUCCAAAAUGUGCAUUAUAUAUGAUAUCAAAUAAUUAUUAAGAUUAUGAAAUAUUAAUUUUUUAGACUGAUGCAUUAAUGCAUAAGCACAUUUCACUGUCAGGGUGAAGCUCAUUUUAAGUAGUUUACACAGAGUUGAGGCAAUCAUCAUGCAAAGGUCAUGUUUUUUAUUUUAUUUUAUUUUUAUGAAUAUGAAUAGGUCUGUGUUUAAAAUGUUGUAUGAGCCUGCUCGGUAACUUUCCACCACUGCUCAGUUAUUUAUGAAAUCACCUCUGGCUCUUUAAGAGAACAGGUGCGUCCUUGACAGGUAAAAGUGGAGAAACAGGAAGUGGACUCAUUAGUCAGCAAACAAACCGAUACGGAGACUUAUUUCAGCUGCAAAAUGAACACGAAGGCAGGGGGGAAACACUUUGACCGGCCUGACUGACGACAUGAGACAACCUUUGCUUCUUAUCAGUCUGUCACUGGCAGUCCUCCUCUCUGCCAGUGUGCUCGCUCAAAGCCAGGUACAGAUCCAAUUCCAGGUAGACCCGCUGCUGGUUCAAACCGGUACUGAGGUUGUAUUCACGGUGCUGACGGUGUCCCAGGUCCUGUCCAUGACAUGGCAGUACAAAGGAGUCACUCUGGGUUUGUAUGCGGGUGGAUCCCCGGUAGUUAACCCAGUGGCCCAGUUCGAGGGAAGAAUCACCAUCUCCGCCACCCAACUCCGAAUCGGAGGCGCCCAGCUCCGAGAUGCCGGGAACUACACAGUGGAGGUGACCCCCACUGCCACUACGGGCCUGUCUCCUAACUCCAGAUCAAUACAGCUGAGGGUGUUUGAUGCGGUGAGAGGGGUGAGUCUGUUUGUUCCCACAAUAGCCGUGGAGGGUAGAAAUGUGUCUCUGCGGUGUACGUGGACUGCCGGUACAGAGAUUACGGUCCAGUGGGGCAAAGGAGGCGCAGCCAUCACAGCCGACUCCAGGAUCACCAUCUCCGACGGCUCUCUGGUCAUCAACCCAGCGAGACGGGGCGAUGCUGGGGAGUACUCAUGUACUGUCAGCAACCCUGUCAGCGCCCAAACUGCCACACAGAGCCUCACUAUCUACUAUGGCCCUGACACCCCUGUGCUGACCAAGGAGGCCCCGAAACAAUGUGUCGGUGGAGGAGAUGUGUUGGUGGGACAGACGGUGCGUCUCACCUGCAUGUCUGACUCACUGCCCCCUGCCCUCUUCUCGUGGCAACGUGAUGGACAGCCAGUCGCAUCCGGCCAGCCAGACAGUGGGGUGCUGAGCCUUCAGACUUUCUCAACCAAUGAGAGCGGCCGGUACGUGUGCACGGCAAGAAACAGCAUUACUGGAGGCACGUCGGAGCAGGGGACAGACUUGGCCGUCGUAGCCACGUGUCUAAAUGGAGGGGAAGUGGCAGGGAUUGUGAUUGGCUGUUUGCUGCUGAUCAUAAUCAUCAUUCUCCUCAUCCUGCUCAUCAUUUGUCUCGUUCGAAGGAGGAGGGUAGAACAGAGACGACAGGAUGCUGCUGUGUUUGUGCAGAAGACCAACCCAAAUCCUGGGCCUCCACCUGCAGAUCCACAACCUAAUGGUGCAGGAGAUUUGGGCCAAGGUCCCCAUCCCCCCGUCGAUCACUUGUACACCCGCCACCCCGGCCGCUUAUACACAACCGCGCGUGAAAACGGUGGCAACACACGGGCACAGCCGCCACUGUACAACCCACAUAACUCCGACACACACCAGCACAAUGGUCGCAUCCACGCGGAUAGACUCCUGCACAAUUCUGUUCAUAAUACCAAUUCAUUCCCACACAAUGGCAUUGACAAUCCAGCUUUCACACACGCCGAUGUUCAGAAUGCAAACACGCUCCCAAACACACAGCAGCAAAAUCCGAACAUUAUCAUACAGACCGGGGCUCCCCAGGGCGGCGGCCAGCCGCCGGCGGUACACGUCAGCCUUAACACGCUGCCACGAACUGCCGAGCAAAACAGCAACGCACAAAUGCCCACGAUUCAUCUCAAUCUUAACUCAUACUCAACCAAUGGCCAGCAGACUCAGCAAGACAGCUCAUUUCCUAUUACAGCCAAUGCCGCUUCACAAAACCAGCAGAACUCGAUACAUACUGGGCACUCGAAUCCCAGAAUGCAAAGUGGGCAGUCCUAUCGUAGUGACCCCCCGAUGCAUAGCCACAUAGAUGCAGGUCUUAUCCCAGCUGGAUACACGCAAAGUAAUAACACUUCUCAGCGAAAUGCCAACACACAGACAUACGAGCGGGAGCAAGAGUCUCAUGGCAGGUCUGAUAGAAGCUCAGGUAGACAUGAUACCACUGCCAGCUCCUCCCUUCAACAGAUGCCAUGGGAUCACCUCCGAGGCACACCAGCAUAUCCCACUGGCACGCUUCAAAGAAGACAAACAUCUGAGUACACGUCUGACAGUACAGACUACACUACCCAUCCUCCCAUACGCGAGGAAAGAAUGCCAAGCAGAUCUCAGUCUCGUCCUCAGAGCCAAACCACUUUGCGUGGCAGAGCUCCACUCAGACAAGAUGUCCCAUCAGUGGUCAGUCAGAUACGUAGCCGUUCACUCGAUCUUCGAGACCAAAACACUGGCAGGAUAACACAGCUUGAGGCUGCACACCGCACACAGAGAAGCCCCCGCACACAUAGAGAGAGCGCUCAGCGAGACAUCAGAGGUUCGCCUAGUAGCCAGACCGCCCUCAGGCAGAAAGCCACACACAGCAGUAACCCCCAGGCAAAGCCUCUCAUGAGCCAGCAGGCCUCUGUAGGCCGCUCAGCUGUGUCACAAGGAGUCAUGACACAACAGGGACCGACUGCACCGCAGGGUGCAGAUACAAGAGCUUUGGCUGAUCCUAAUCACCUUCCACAGGCACACAUGGCUCAGCAACAUAGAGCAGAACCGAACCAAAAGCCACCACGAGGCCUGGGCACACAGACGCAGCCUGUCAUACAUGAUGCCAAUCACCAACCUCGCCAAGGAGGCGCUGCUCCAGUCCCAUUCUCCUCUGCCCAGCAUAAUCCCAGUAACCUAACCCAUGCUGCACUUACAGCCCACACUGAGAGGGCUAAAACAUUUGAGAGUCGGAGGCAGCAGACUCAGGCUGCCCUGUUUCACGCUGGACUACAGGCACGAGCUCCUGCUGCCGGGGCUCACCACCCACCGACUCCUCCUCCUGUCAUCCCCAUCACACAGUUCCAGACCCUCCCCAAGAAGCGCACUACGCACAAAUCCCCAGCCCGAGGUCCUCAGCCCCCCAAACCUCCUGUUAACAUGCCGGUGGCUCAACGACCCGUACCAGGAAAACAUCAUCACAGUGUGCAGCACCCUGCUGCCACGAUGCCCGCCAACCAUCAUCAUCAUCACCAUCCUGGAAACGGCCACACGCAUGUCAGUGCUCACAGGCACGCCCACGCCCAUGCUCAUACCCAUGGCCAUGGCAACAGGCAUCCUGCCCACUUCACCCACCCACAGCAGCAACAGGCACACCGACCAAGAUGAUGACACGUGUCAGCAGACUACACUCCACAAUGUCCCGUAUCCACCGACACAAACAAACAGCUGACAGACGUGAUCCAAUAUACCACCAAGCAAGACUGACUACGUGAGGUUCUGCACUCAGAGAAAAGCUGUCAUAUCCUGGUAUCUCAGUCGUAAAGUCAGUUUUUUAUUUAUUUUUAUAUAACAUAAAUGAACAUUUCUCCCAUGGCGAUGCCUAAAAUGCAACUUUUUGGAAUGCAGUCCUGCUUUCCUAAAAGGAAAAUCAUCUUACAGAAGGAUGCACAAAAAUAAGCUAAAUAAUCCUGAAAAAACACACGCUGAUACCUACACCCACAUGGAUUGUACUGUUUUGACUUUUGAAGCACCGGUCAUGCAUCAAACUUUGCCAAGAGCCUGCUCAGAGUAGACAGGUUCAGUGAUCCAUAGCUCUUGACCAAGCUCACAUCCCCUGAUCCAUUCAUCAUCCAAACUAAACAACACUACCGUGACAAAAUGCAUCCGAGGUGCUCGCACGACUCGCCGUGUGUAUCCGCCACUUAAGAAGACGUAAUAAAGGAGAUGGGUACUGUGCGCGAGACGGACUCGUCCUCUGGGUACGGCGACAAUUAUGAAAGAAGAGAUUACCCAUGGGGGUGGUCUUAAUAUACGUGGAAGUAUUUAUUUUGCGCCUUCUGUUUACAGAUGCCUCUCAUGACACUUCUCAAUUAAGGAGAUUCGCCUCAGUGGCGUUCAGACGCAAUGCUCAGCUGACUAUGAAGGGGGAUCCCACGAAUGGAUGGGCACUUAUUAAUUAAAUGCUUUUAUGCGACUUAAAUUACUCGGAAAAUAAUCACACCCGUGCAUGAAUGAGGUCAACACAAAGACCCGAGCUGCCAUAUUUUCUGCUGAAAAAGCACAGUGUGAAACAAUUUACUGUCUGCGCUGUGUCACGGAGAGCACAUUAAAAUACAAUGUGAAGGCCUUACUUUUAAGUAUUGUUAUGUAUUUAUUGAUUUGUAAUGUUUGGGCUUUUUUAACUCAGGGGGAAUACAUGCACCAAUGAUUGUUUAGGUUGUACUUACUGAUAUGAAUGCUGAAUGAAUAUGAAUGGAGCGUGACCGAAUUCAUAUGAAGUUUCAAAGAUAAGGCUGAGGAUAUUCUGCAUUUCUCUUACUGGCAAGACUAAAACCAACAGCUCUACCAAGUGUUAUCUGUGUAGGCAAAAUGUGAUAUAUCUCCUCCAUUGUUACUAAUAAAUACACAUUAAUGAGCUGAACAGGUGCAUGUAGGCCAUCAUUAUCAUAAACUUUGUAUUUUAUUGGAGUCGACUGCACAUUUGCUGUAAAUUCUCCCCAGAGCGCCUUAUGUGUAUUCAUCCCCAGGUGAAUAUAGUCCCCAACAAAUGCACCAUUUACUGCAGUGUGUGUGUAACGUUUGCCAAAAAUCUACGGUGUCCAGCUGUUCCAGAUUAGCCUUUUUGGAAAGCUCUUUUAAUGAUUUACUUACUUCAGUCGAAACAGGCCGGGGACCACCAAAGGACGAAAGAAAGAAAAUAUAAUAUCCCCAGCCUUAUUCUUUGACAUAUCCCUACUCCAAUCAAACAUGUGGAGCAUGAGAUUGAGCUUACUGCCGCUAAAGUUUUGUCGUUUUUGGAAAAUGACAGCGUGUAAAUAGUUUACAGAUGUUAAGUACGUGAGUUGCUACAAGCACAGUAGUAAUCUUUGCGCCUCAGGAGUGAUUUGUACAUUGUUCAUUGUUCCAUGAUCUCAUUUUCAUCAAUAAUAAUGAAGUGUUUUGUUAUUUUAUGUGUUUGCAUAUUAACUGGGGAAGUCCACUGUUGAACAAAACGAGAGGAAAAAAAACAACUUUCAAAUUUUGCUCAUUGUUUGUGUUAUUUCCAUCACGCUGGCAGUCACUUUGUUGGACUGUUCACAGCCGAAUGCACAAUCAUGACUUUAUUUGUUGCCUCUACUUUCAAAGCCAAUGCAUUCUUCCAUCUUUUGAUUUUCAGUACAAAAUACCUCCUCAUGCCUGUUGACAGUAAGUCAGACCACAAAAGCACCUAUUUAUUCUGCCGGUUUCUCUGAAUCACAGAGCUGUUUGCAGUCUGAGCAUAUUUUUCGCUCACUGUGUCUAUAGUGCUAAUUAUGCAUGGCGCCUGGGUACACCGAAGCGCUGCUGUUGAUUCUCCUCAGAUGAAUCUGUUCCUUCAUCUUGUUGUGGAUGUGCAAGAGCGUGUGUUUGGUUCACAGCUUCAUCAGUCUCCCAAUCCUCCUGCUCCCACUUGUACGUCACCUCUGAUGAACAGUCCUGCUGCUCACUAUUGGAGACACUUCAUGGUAGUCUAGCACUGUAAUGAGUGGAGAUGGAGUGCUUUUGAGUACCUGGUACUAGAAAAGGUUACGGCAUUGCCUACCAGUUCCACAUGAAAGCUUUGAUUUAUGAAAAGUUUGGAGCGGUUUUUCAAAUGCAAUACUUUGUAUAUUAUACUGUUCCUGCUGUCUUUGGAGUGAAGUGUGUUGUUUAUGACCUAAACAACUGAAAUUACAAAACACUCUGUAGCCUUGUAACACAGUAAACCUCAAACGCUGAUGUGACCACCUUCCCUGGUCCAAUUUGCAUGUAAAUCUGCUCGUGUUGUUUUAGUACACUGAUUUACCGUGAUUUACCAUGACUGCUGCGAGUAAUUGUAAUUGUUUACGCAUCCCUUUGGAAGCAUAAAUUAAAGGCAAACAUAACUCAACUGCAGCGUGUGCAAACAGGGCAUUUUUUUU